AGCAACUGUUAACUUAACAUAGGGUGAGGGUAAACGAAUUGUUUUCAUGAUUCUCUCUUGAGUCCAAAAAAAACCUUUGAACGUGUAGGACGUGCGUCGAUGUUGAUGAUAGUUCGUUGAAAGCCGUGGGUGACUCGUCGUUGCGUCGCGUGUUUGUGUUGGUUCUCAAAAUUUUUGGAAAAUAGCUAAUAGAAAAUUAAAAUAUGUUUAUGCAACGUGAAUCGUAUCAAUUGGUGUGCUCACAACUUCUAUAAUUCACUAAAGCAACAGCCGGAGAGCGUGAGUGCCAAUUGCAAGACAAAAUGGCUGCAUUUCAUCGCAUUUAAUGCGCGCACAAAAACAACAACACAAGAGAACAACGAACACAAAGCAUAAGCAAACAUCACUGCUACAUCAACAACAACAACAAAAACAUCCAGUGUUGGGCAAAGACGACAAAAACAGCAACAAUAUUAAUAAUAAUAAAAUAUUUUAAAUUGUGCAUUUUAAUUUGUAAUUUUUUUUCCUUUCGAUUUUUCUUUUCAAUUAUGUUUAACACGCGCGCGAAAAAGUAAAUUGAGAAGAGCAGUAAAAAGUAAUGCAUAAAAAUCGUAAAUCAUAAUACAUAGAAAUUUAUAGUGUACGUGACGGGUGUAAAAAUAAAAUCAAAUAAAAAAUACAAAAUCAUAAAAAAUAAUAUCAAAUAGUGGCAGUCCAGCAAUUCGUGCGUGCAAAAAAAAAAAUAAUUUAAGUGUGUAAAAUUUUAUGGUCGCUUCGAGUGCGAUUUAGCAAAUCUGAAAAGUCAUGUCUUAAGUGCAAAAUAGUUGCAGCCAGUAGUCGGGUAGAUUGGAUAAACGAAAAGUAAAAAAAUAAAAAAACCAACAGCAGCAACAACGACAACGCCAUCAUUAAUUAAAUCAACUGCCAGAAAAGUUUAACUCAACAUUAACUAAGGCUACACUUGAAGCUAAAAGAAAGAGAUUUAAGCAUUUCGACACGUUGGAUCCCAUUUACAUAUAAUGUCAUCAACAUGUGGAUUAAAUAUGGUUUUCAUGUCGAUCAUUUUCAUUAUCAUCGUAAAUGGCUACGCAAAAGAUAUUUCCAGAGUUGAAAGAGGCCGUGAGCGACUCAACGAAUACAUAUCCCACUAUGAAACACUCAACUAUGAUCAUGAGCACAUCAGAGCUAGUCACAAUAGAGCGCGACGAUCGGUGACCAAAGAUCAUUUUGUACAUUUAAAGUUUGCAGCACAUGGAAGAGACUUCCAUCUUAGAUUAAAACGUGAUUUAAAUACAUUUAGUGAUAAGUUAGACUUUUAUGAUAGCAACGGCCCCAUUGAUGUGUCCACUGAUCACAUUUAUGAGGGCGAUGUGAUAGGGGAUCGUAAUAGUUAUGUAUUUGGUUCCAUACACAAUGGGGUAUUCGAGGGUAAAAUUAUAACGGAACGUGAUGCCUAUUAUGUUGAACAUGCCAAACAUUAUUUUCCCACAAAUCGCACGACGACCACCGCCACAGCCACAACAUCGUCCUCGACGACAACGGGGUCGACAACUCGAAGGAGCACCAAAAAAAAUACACCAGACAACAGCAGUCACAACAACAACAUUUACAAUAACAACAAAACUGCCAUUGAUAAUAAGACCGAAAACUUCAUAAACAAAAAUGCUGAAACCACAUCGACGACAUCAACAACAUUCCCAAUGUUACCAGAGUCUACGACAAUGUUCACACCAACAACGGAUGGCAUCAUCGACCAGGUGGAUGAGAAUGCCGCCGCACAGGACGAACUUGAUUUUCACUCCAUUAUCUAUAAGGAGUCGCAUGUAGAGGAUGCCUACGAGCAUGUUCGCGAAGGUCACGUGGGCGGCUGCGGAAUUACCGAGGAGGUCUCACAAUGGAUGGAGAAUAUACAAAAUUCAGCUGUCGAGGAGCUGCCCAUACCGAUGUCAAAGGAUGUUCAAAAGCUGCACCGGAAACAGCCCCAUAAAAAAGCUGCCCCACAGCAACAACAGCAUCCACCAAAGAAAUAUACCAGUGGCGAUGAUGACUUCAAAUUCCCCCAUCAAAAAUAUACGAAGGAGGCCAACUAUGCCGAUGGUGCAUUCUAUGAUCCAUCGACUGGUCGACGACUCGGCACCACAGCCAAUGCCGCCGAUUGGCAUGAGCUUGUCCACGAGCGAGUGCGUCGCUCCACUGGUGGCAAUGGUGGUGCUGGCUCCACAUCGAAUGGCUCUGGUGGCACAACUGGUACCGGACGUGGCCGUGAGGACAACAAAAAUACCUGCUCUCUUUAUAUACAAACAGAUCCAUUGAUUUGGCGCCAUAUACGUGAGGGCAUUGCCGAUCACGAUCGCGGUCGCAAGUACGAGGUGGAUGUAAAAACCCGCGAGGAAAUCACAUCGCUGAUUGCACAUCAUGUGACGGCCGUUAAUUACAUUUACCGCAACACAAAGUUCGAUGGACGCACGGAGCAUCGCAACAUACGCUUUGAGGUGCAACGCAUUAAGAUUGACGACGACUCUGCCUGUCGGACUGCCUACAAUGGACCACAUAAUGCAUUUUGCAACGAGCACAUGGAUGUUUCGAAUUUUUUGAAUCUCCACUCACUAGAGGAUCACUCGGACUUUUGUUUGGCCUAUGUGUUUACCUACAGAGAUUUCACUGGCGGCACUUUGGGUUUGGCCUGGGUGGCCAGUGCAUCGGGCGCUUCGGGCGGUAUCUGUGAGAAGUACAAAACGUACACCGAGACGGUGGGGGGUCAAUACCAGAGCACAAAGCGUUCAUUGAACACGGGCAUCAUCACGUUUGUCAACUACAACAGUCGCGUACCGCCAAAAGUAUCGCAAUUAACACUAGCCCAUGAAAUUGGACACAAUUUUGGAUCACCGCACGAUUACCCGCAAGAAUGCCGUCCUGGUGGAUUAAAUGGCAACUUUAUAAUGUUUGCCAGCGCCACGUCCGGUGAUCGUCCGAAUAAUUCGAAAUUCUCACCGUGUUCCAUACGCAACAUUUCGAAUGUGCUCGACGUGUUGGUGGGAAAUUCGAAGCGCGAUUGCUUCAAGGCAUCGGAGGGCGCCUUCUGUGGCAACAAGAUCGUGGAGUCUGGAGAGGAAUGCGACUGUGGAUUCAACGAGGAGGAGUGCAAGGACAAAUGCUGUUAUCCACGACUCAUCAGCGAAUACGAUCAAUCACUCAAUUCCAGUGCCAAGGGUUGCAAACGUCGGGCCAAGACACAAUGCUCACCGUCCCAGGGUCCUUGCUGUCUGUCCAACUCGUGCACGUUUGUGCCAACGCAUUAUCAUCAGAAGUGCAAGGAGGAAACGGAAUGCAGUUGGUCGAGCACCUGUAACGGCACCACAGCCGAGUGUCCCGAGCCGCGACAUCGCGAUGACAAGACGAUGUGCAACAAUGGCACCGCCCUCUGCAUUCGUGGCGAGUGCAGUGGCUCUCCCUGUUUGCUCUGGAACAUGACCAAGUGCUUCCUCACCUCGUCCACGCUGCCGCACGUGAGCAAGCGCAAGUUGUGCGAACUGGCCUGUCAGGAUGGCAACGACACUGCCACCUGUCGCAGCACCAGUGAAUUUGCCGCUGAAUACAACAUCCAACAGGGCGGCAUUAGUCUCCAGCCGGGCUCACCAUGUGACAACUUUCAGGGCUAUUGCGAUGUCUUUCUCAAGUGCCGUGCCGUCGACGCUGACGGCCCGUUGGUGCGCCUAAAGAAUCUCCUCCUCAAUCGGGAAACUCUGCUCACGGUGGCCGAGUGGAUCACCGGCAAUUGGUAUCUGGUUGUGCUUAUGGGCGUCGCUUUCAUCGUCAUCAUGGGCGCCUUCAUCAAAUGCUGUGCCGUUCACACGCCCAGCUCCAAUCCCAAGAAGCGUCGAGCUCGUCGCAUUAGCGAAACUCUGCGAGCACCAAUGAAUACAAUUCGCAGAAUGCAACGUCAUCCGCAUCAGCGAGGCGCCGGACCACGCAGCAUACCACCGCCAGCGCACGAGGCGCAGCAUUAUCCACGCGGCGGUGGUGCAGCUGGCGGUGGUGGGGCAGGCGGACGACAUGGAGGCGGACGCUCGCAUCAUCACAAUGCACAUCCGCAUGAAUGGGACCGACAGCAGGGCGGGCACUCGAUAGUGCCACUGCCCACAGGCGGCAGUCACGCCAGUCGCAACUCGGCGGCGAAUCAGGCACGACGCAGCGAUGGGCGUGGCACGAGGCCGAGCAGCAGUGGCAGGCCCCAGCCAGCCAGUUCGGGAGCAGCCGCAGGAGCAGCUCGAUCGGGGUAUGCAGCUGAGCAGGCGGUGGCGGGUGGUGCCAUUGGUGGUGGUGUGCAGGCGGCCAUUAGCAGCGGCGGUGUUGUGGCUCGGGCCCAGCUGCCGUUGCCACUGCCGCAGCAGCAACAACAACUACAACAACAACAGCAAGCACUCUCACCGCAACAACAACAACAACCACAAGCGUUUUAUGCGCCGAAAGGCGUCGCGUCCCCACCGCCAGCGCUACAAGUAAGCUAUAGUCGACCAACAUCGCUGCAUGACCAACAGCUACAACAUCAGCCGGAACAGCAGGAACACCAGCAACUGGAGCAAGAGGAACAACAGCAACAACAACAACACGCCUACGCUGACGCCUAUGCGGCGUUGGGGCGUGGCCACUAUGAGUCGACAACGCGGGCGCCCAACAAUAGUAAAGUUUGACAGACAAAAUUGGCGUCGGAGCGACAUAGAAAACCAAAA